AAAUAAAUAGAACCAACCGACUUGGCGGUGAAUUUUCCAUGUUAGAAUUAAUCCAAUCAACUGACCUUAGCCAUUUGGUCAUUUAUUGCCUGUGACAGUUCGAGACAAUGACCAAAAUCAGCUAAUAAUGGCCCGCAUUACCAAUAUCCUGGACUUGGAUCCCAGUAGUUUAUUGUACAUUUUCAAGCUCCUCAACUUGGAGGACCAGUUGCACUUGGCACGCUGCUGUCGCCUCUUUCGGGACGCCUUCCUCCACCUGCACCGCCACCAUUUCCAGGAAGUCAUCGACAAGGACACCAGUUUAAGGACUCUGGAGGAUUGGCACACCUUUCUGUGGCUUUGUGGAGGUCGCAUCCGUACCUUGGAGUCCCACUUCGACGAUGAUCAUCCACUGCAACUGCUCCCGCUUAUCAGUAGGCAUUGCUUUCGACUGGAGGGUAUAUCCAUACACAAUGCAACGGUGGCCCGGACGCAACCUUUUCUGCUGAGGAUGUGUUCUCUGAGGAAGGUGCAUGUGCGCAACUACAAGAGCACCAGCAAGGACUUGAUCCGGGCAAUAAGGGUAAACCUGCCGCUCGUCACCAGCCUGAGCCUUGAAAGCUUCGAUCGCCGGGAGUUACAAGAAGUGCGCCACUUUAGCGAGCUAUUGGAACUGGGAUUGUACGACGAGGUCACCGCCUCGGAGUUCGCCACCAUUGUGAAACCCAUGCGGCAGCUGCGUUGCCUUCAGCUGCGCAAUGCUAAACGCUUUCUAAACACCAGCAACCUCAGGAUGCUGGCCACCAACUGCCGAAAGCUGGAAAAGCUGACGUUCCACGACUGCGAGGCUGAUCUGUUGGUCCUGCCGCAGUUUGCGAACCUCAAUUACCUGCAAAUCUACUGCCCUGAAGAGAUGAAGACGCGUUUUUUCAAGGCACUGGCCAAGAGCCACUGCUCCACGCAGCUGGAGUACCUCAUCCUGCACCGCAAGCGCUGGAUUGACGAGGAACAGGCGCAGUACAUCAGUGUCUUGAAGUCGCUUCGGUGGCUUGUGUGCAAGCCGAGGGACGAUCUCUGCGUUCGCCAUUUGUCGGAGUUGAGACGACUAGAGUGCCUUUCCGUGCAGGCCGCUCGAGAAAUCGGGGAAACGCAGCUCUCCCUGCUUGUGACCAACAACGAGCGGCUGCGGUAUCUGAACAUCUGCUAUUGUCUGGGCAUGACAGACGCCUUCGUCCUGGAGACUCUGGGCAGUUUGUCCAGACGUGCAGUUCAGCAACCCUUAGAGCUGUUUGCCGCGGCCACUGACAUCAGGCAUGACAUCAUGGAGCGGCUGCCGCAUGAUUUUCCACUGAAAAUGCUCUGUUUGAACUUUGAGUGCAGCGAGGGAAUGACCAGCAGCGAGCACUUUUAUGCCGACGAACCGGAAUUCGAUCGCCAAGCUGUAUGAGGCCUUUUCGUCCAACAACGAAUGUUUUCUUCAAUCAUUACCAAAAAACCAAAUUAAUACUUCUUUAUAUGCAGCUUUAUUCGUGAUCUUAUCACUUUAAGUGGUAUAUUUUUUGUUAUUGCACAACGAUGUAUUCAACUUUUUCACUACAAUAUUAAAAAGUAUAUUAUCCUUA